UAUUUUGCUGCCACCAUCGGGUUUUGUUUUAUGUCUCAAACAAAUGACAUUUUGUGAAUUCAGAGUAGACAAAAUAUUCAAAAAAAAAAAUUGAUUUCCGAUUCACCGUGUUGAAGUACCACUGAGCUUGCCAUUAAAUAAAUUACAUUUGACCGUAGUCCUUGCUUCCGCAAAAAAGUGAUUACAAAAUGGCACAGGCCCAUACCAGCAUACACGAAAUGUUAAAGGACACACCGACAAUGAACGAGAGUAACACUGCCAUUCAUUCCGGCACAGAGCCAAGGUUAAAACAUCCAAAUUCUCUGCCACUAAAUAAUAUUUCCGCUCCGGCAACACCAACCAAUCCACUAGCAUCCCCAUUGGGCGAUUCAUCGUUUAUAAAAAGUGGUGCGGCCAAGAUUGACACAUUGAAAAACUGGAGCAUAUCAACAUACAAAUGUACGCGACAAAUUAUGCUCGAGAAAUUGGGUAAAUCGAGCAGAACGAUUGACUCGGAACUGGAAGCUCAAAUCGAACAAUUACGUGAUACUCAACGGAAAUACUUGCAAAUAUUGCGCUUGACCCGAGCGCUUAGUUCACACUUUCAUCAUGUGGUCCAAACAAAUCGCAUGUUGUCGGAAGCAUUCUCCGAUCUAGCGCAAAAGAGUCCCGAACUGCAGGAAGAAUUCAUGUACAAUUCCGAUACGCAAAGAAGUCUGACCAAAAAUGGUGAACUGCUGUUGAACGCGCUGAAUUUCUUCACAUCGUCGAUCAACACACUGUGCAAUAAGACCAUCGAAGACACCCUGAUCACUAUUCGACAGUACGAAACGGCGCGAAUAGAGUACGAUGCAUACCGCAUGGAUUUAGAAAAUUCGAAACCGGAACCGGCCAGUCCGACCAUCAGCGCUGACUCGCAGAAAAGUUUUGAUAAGCACAAGGAGAACUAUGAGAAACUCCGGGCGGACAUAACGGUGAAGAUGCAGUUUCUGGAUGAGAAUCGGAUUAAGGUGAUGCACAAGCAAUUGGUUCUAUUGCACAAUGCGGUGGCUGCAUAUUUUAGUGGUAAUGCCGUUGCACUUGAGGGAACAUUGAAACAAUUUAACAUAAAGACUCCCAAUUCGGCCAGUGGAUCGUGGCUGGAACAAUAGCUGCCGAACGGACAGCAUUCGGUCGCUUGAAAUCAUUUAUUACUUAUUAUAAUAACGUCGUUCAAUCGAAAUCGAGUAUCAAUGAGAGAGUCUUUUUUGAAUGCAUCAAGUCCAGUUAAAUGUUAAGUUAAUUUGAUAUGGUGUAACAUGGGACAUGGUCCUUUACUCAACAUAACACAGAAUCUGCGUCGGAUUGAUUAAUUUUACUUUU